UAUCAAUAAAACUUUAAAACCAUAUCUAGGAUACAGUUAGUUUAUAUUCUUAUUUACAGAAUAUCUGUAAAAGAUAUGCAUUCUAAAAAAAAGUCGACUGAUACUAAAUCCAAAAAUAAACUGUCUAAAGAAGAAGUAGUCAUUACGAGUAAAGAUGAAAAGAAAAAAGUGGCUGUUACCCCCAGAAAUUAUCUUCAAAAAGCUUCAACUACAGACAUUUAUGGACAAAAGAAUACUUUGUCAAAAGCGCCUCGAAAAAUCCAAGGCACUACAAAAACAAGUAGCAGUUCUCCUAUGAAAAACUUACUAAAAUCAUCAGCAUCGUCUAUUAGUCAAAUAAGUAAAACAUCAACAACAUCGUUAAAAGAUAAAGAGGCUAAACCUAUGCCAUAUUCAGGAAGAAAGUUGAAAGAUGAACCAAAAAAAUCUACGCUAAAGUUAGCGAGAGACUUUACUUAUUCAAACGUAACAGUGAAUUCGCCGAGUGUAAAAAGAAAACUCGAUUUAGGCGAGAAGAUUGAAACUGUAAAAAUGAAAAAUUUUGAAAGUAGUCAUGCUCAACUUAAGAAGAAACUUGAACCGAGUGAAAAGGAAAAUGCUACUGGUAGAGAUCGAACAAAGACAAGAACUUUACAAGAAAAUGAAGUCAAAGUAUUGACUCCUGAUGUAGUUGAUAAUAACGCUGAAAUGAUGAAAUUAACUCAAAAACUUACCGCAAAACCUAAGGCAUUUUAUGUUGAUAUAGAUGAUGGUGAAGCAAAGGCCUUAACAGAUAAAUUAAGUGAUGAGGAAAUCAGUUAUGAAGAUGAUUUCGAAAGUUAUGAGUCAGAUUUUGAUUCCUACCAUAGUUCUCAAUCUGAACAAAAUUCAAAUAAUGAUCAUAGUGAAGAAAACAGCGAUAAUGCUCAAAGCGAUUUUGAUGAACACAACAGUCAGAAUAGUAAAGAAAAUGAAGAGAAAAUGUUGGAUUCGGGAAACUUUGAGCUACGUGACUCCCAGCGUUCUGCUAGUCAUACAAAGUCGACUUUGGACUUUAUUCAGGAAGAUGGAGAGACGGAUAUAAAAGUUUCUCUAACAGAUGAAGGAUUCCAAGAGAUGAGUUGUUCGAGUACUGCAUCGAGUAUGAAGACUGUGCAUGUUGAUAUUUUGGAGAGACCUCUUUUCAUAGAUUUUAAUAAAGCGAAAGAAAAUAAACGCAAACACAAAAUAUUUGAGAAUCUCAAGCAAAGAGUUAAAGAUAUACUCAGCAUGGUAACAUUGCACGAAAUGUCUUAUACUUUGUUCGAAAUGAAACCGAUUCCUUACGACUCGUUUAUGGUAACGUUUGGUCGCUCGAACUAUAGGCAAACAGGAGUCCAAACUUACGAAGAUGGAAUUUCGGAAGAAGUCCAAACUAAUGAGAUUGAAGUUGACCAAAAAUGGACGCAAUAUCCUAUCGAGUUUUCAAAACAUUACAUAUAUUUAAAGGAUGAUAUUAUUAAACGGAAAUAUAGUUUAAAUAGUGAAGAUUAUUUUUCAAAAUUUACUCUAUUAAUAAAAGAAAAGGCCGAUGUUUAUAUUCACAAUGAGAUUUAUGACGAUGUCAGUUACAGAAAUAACCCAUUACGGAUAUAUUUUGAACAGAGAAAUGGUGCUGGUAAUAGCGAAAUACUGCCGUACGAAACUUACAAAUCUAAAUUAAGAAAUAGUGAAUUUAACACCAAUAAAUUAAGAUUAUUUUUAAAAAGAGUUGAACGCAGGAUCUGUCACGUACUAAGUUUAAAUAGCUGUGAUCAGGAGUUAACAGAUAUCGCUAAAAGUUCUAAGUUUUCUUUCAGUAAAGGUUAUUUUACCCUAUCUAACAGAAAUAUAACUGAUGAAAAACCUGACUUAGUAAAUUGUACCAAAAUAACUAAUAUUGUAUUUUCUGAUUCAAGAAGUAAUCUUAUUAUGACAAUACAUGAGAAGUCCCCAAGUUUUAUGGGUAGAUGUAUAAGUUGCUUGUGGGAUAUAAGUAUUGCCAGACAUGAGCCCAUGAAAAUUUUGACUGCUAUAGAUAACAUUACUGUUGCUAGAUUUCGAGGUAAUACUAAUGGAAUUUUUGCAGCCGCAUUAGAAGACGGGUCAAUACACCUUUGGGAUCUGUCUGAAGAGGCAACAUGGCAAAAUGAUGCUAGUGAUAAAAGAGCAAAUGAUUUAGCUGAAGUCGGUUCUAACACGCCUCUCACUCAAACAGAGAAAGAUCGAGAGUGGAAUCUUCUUAACAGCAAUGUUGGUUCUGAUGGAGAGGUAUUAAAAGCACUUCUUCAAGCCUGUUCGUUCACGAGCAGCGCUGCUGCCAUGAAUGGUGUGGCACCAGCGGGCCGCGUGGUCGGCAUUGAGCUAGGAUGGCACGCCAAGUGCGAGGGUAGCCAGCGAAGAAAGGUCUUAGGGCAGGUAUGUUCUCUACAAGACAUAGGUAUUUUAUCAAUAUGGUUAAUAAUACAAGACAAAUUAAUAACUUCUAAGGAUAUGGGGAAAGCUUAUUGGUCAAAAAUGAAACUGGAAAUCAGUCAAACAAUUUCGCUAAUGAACCAUUUGAGUGGGCCUAAUUUCGAACCAUUGAAUGCAGACUUGAAUUCAAACUUUAACCUAAGUUCUGCGAAAAGACGAUUGUCGCUAAGAAAAAAAAAUAAAACCAAUAUUUUCAGUCCAAAAUCAGCUGGAAGUGUCGAAAGUGUCAGACCGAAAAGUGCUGUUAGUAUAAAGACUAACAGUCCAACGAAAAAUAAUUGGGACACUGGCAUAAUCUGUACAGAUCUGAAAAUAAUGAAUUAUGAUAAUACUUGUACCUAUUUGGUGGCAAAGAAUUGUGGUGAAGUACUAUCUUGUUCAAAAGUGGCUGGGGAUUUUAAAGUCAACGAGCUCAGGAUUUCAAAUGAUACUUCAACUGUCACUAGUUUGGAGGUAUCGUCUCGUGGGCUACCAUACUUUCUGGCAGCCACCGAUUCGGGAACCGUCAACUUAUGCUCGGUGAAGCACAGCAGAGUCCUUCUUACAUUAGACUGCCGAAACCGUGUUCUAAAUAAAGAAGUAGAGAAGUUUCAUGCUCACCGGAAAGGCCACUUCGUGGGAAGUGUUACCAUUAAAUCACCCGGCCCUACUGACAUUUUAAAUAGUUCACAGUUUUCAAUCAGUACCGUGCUUUGGUCUGCGGUGAAUCCUUGUUCUAUCUUCGCUAUACUGAAAGAUGGGUGCUUAUUUGAAUGGGACCUCACUCAUAGUGACAUCAAUGCAAAAUGUGCCGUCGACAAUGCGGCUACAGCCGGCGCUGCGGCCGAUGGUGUGCUGGCCUUGGUGAAUGUGGAUGGCGAGGUUCAAAUCCACCGCGUCGGGAAUGAGGCACAGGCGAAGCAACAUACAGAUCUGUUCAGUAAAUAUGCAGCUCUUUUGUAAUAGGAAG